AUGGAGGAAAGCCCAGUCCGGAGUCAUCGGGGUCGUAGGACGGUGAGCCAAGGUCUUCUGCGCACAAUUCAACAUACAAAAUUCAAAGGCAACUCUCCUUCGGUAUCCAGGGGGGCAAUCUACGACUCCCUUCUACCCGCCUUCUCAAACGAUAUGAAAGCUUCUCUUCGCUCAAAUGAUGAGGUAGACCCAUUCAUUUGUUUUAUCAUAUAUUCAUGGCUUUUUAUUCUUCCUACGAUCUCAAGUGACUUUCAUCCAGUUAGAGAUCUCCUGGGUCAUACCGGAACAGUGCAUGGUCUUUCAUUCAGCUCUGAUCGUCAUCUCAUCGCGUCCGGAAGCGCCGACGGCACUUUGCGGCUCUGGUCCACUUUGGUGUGGGGGGGUUGCUUGACUGUUUGGCGCGACCAUCUUUUACCAAUCUGGGAUGUAGCCUGGGCUCCUGUGUAUGGCCACUACAUUAUUACCGGUGGAGUCGACCGAACCGCCAGGAUCUAUGCUACGGGUAGGCAUUAG